GCGGAGCGACACAGACAGAGACAGAGAGACACAGAGAGAGACACAGACAGAGAGACAGAGACACAGACAGAGAGAGACGAGGUGAGAGGGUCAGAGAGAGAGAGAGAGGAGGGCGACGAGGGGGGAGGAGGGGCAAGGAGAGACCUCGCUGGGGGACCCCCCCAGCACCGGGGGCAGGGAGACGCUGACCAUGCGAGUGCACGUGGCGGUGCGAGCGUGCGCCUAGAGCCGGUGUGUGGAGAUGCGGUGGUGCAGUGGUUAGCGCCCUGCGCUACGGACCCGGCCAGCCGAGUUCGAUUCUUGCUCACGGCCAACACCAGUGACGAUCAUCUGAACCGGUCCUAAGCCACCCGUAGGCAAGCGAGGAGGCACACAGGGCGGCAUGGAACAGUGCGGCGGCGACAUCCGGCUGCAGUACGAGCCCAUUGCGGAGAUCGGCGUGGGGGCUUACGGCCAGGUGUACAAGGCGCGCGACCUGCAGAAUGAAGGCCGCUUUGUGGCCCUCAAGAAGGUGCGCGUACAGACGGGUGAGGAGGGCAUGCCGCUCUCCACCAUCCGUGAGGUGGCCCUGCUGCGGCAGCUGGAGACCUUCGAGCACCCCAACGUCGUCAGGCUGUUUGACGUCUGCGCCACGUCCCGCACCGACCGCGAGACGAGGCUCACGCUCGUCUUCGAGCACGUGGACCAGGACCUGUCCACCUACCUGGAGAAGGCGCCCGCGCCCGGCCUCCCCGCCGACAAGAUAAAGGAUAUGAUGCACCAGCUGCUGAACGGGCUGGACUUCCUGCACACUCACCGCGUGGUGCACCGCGACCUCAAGCCCCAGAACAUCCUCGUGACGAGCGACGGGCAGGUCAAGCUCGCUGACUUUGGCCUCGCGCGCAUCUACAGCUUCCAGAUGGCUCUUACCUCGGUGGUGGUCACGCUGUGGUACCGUGCCCCGGAGGUCCUGCUGCAGUCGAGCUAUGCCACCACCGUUGACCUGUGGAGCGUUGGCUGCAUCUUUGCCGAGAUGUUCAGACGCAGGCCUCUCUUCUGCGGAAGCUCCGAUUUUGAUCAGCUGACAAAGAUUUUUGAUCUACUGGGCCUGCCAAACCGGGACGACUGGCCGCAGGACGUGUCGCUGCCGUACACUUCCUUUGCCUACCGCCCCCCACAGGCACUCAAAAACGUUGUGCCAGAGAUGGGCCCAUUGGGGGAGGAGCUGCUGCUGAAAUUGCUCACCUUCAACCCGAGCAAGCGCAUCUCUGCGUUGAGCGCUCUCCAGCAGCCGUACUUCUCCGAUGCAGGCGAGGCCGAGUGCGAGGGCGCUCACCUCCCGGCCCCUCCGCUGCGCCGUGCCGAGCGGCAGGCGGAGAGUGCGCCGCCCUCCUGAACCUCGCACCCCUCCCGACCCGCGGUAGGGGACGGGAGUGUGAAGGGUGCGUGCAGGUGAGCCAGUGGGCUGGGGAGGUUUUGGUGCGGGGUGGGGGGAGGGCAUGAGCUGCUCGCCUGCCAGCUGCGGUGGUCGUGUCAUGUGGAGCUGGCAGAGGCUGUGGGGACGUCAGCGCUGCUGUUUCAAAAGCAAAACUCAGAGGAGAAGGACCACCCCUCUCUGGAUGAAUCGUCCUCUACAGGGAGCCAUCGUCACCUUGGCUGGUGAGGACUGUGCACGAGCAGCCAUGGAAGAGCAGCGACCUCUGCUGGGAGUUUGAUGGAAGCGUCGGUAAUGGCGAUAACUAUAAUUCGAACGACUUAAAUUCACACAAAGUUUGUGCAAAUUCAGAUCUCGGUGAGAUCUCUAACCACAGCGAAUGUGUAGCUAUGUAUUUUUCUAAAUAUAACGCAUUGAACCCACACCUUUUCUUUAGUGAUAAAGCAAAAUUCCAUCAAUAUAGGGCCAACUUUGAGUGACAAAUGGCAUUCCUUUUUGGGAUGACUGCUCAUUCUUUUGACAAAGAUAUAGGCUUAGAGGCUCGCUUUUGGUUCUGAAAGCACAGGCAAAAAGGCGCGGUUGUGGUUAAAUUAUUUCCUUGUAUCAAGUAAUUUAUUUUUACAAUUGCGUCGCCUUUAAACCACGAAAGAGGGAGAAUUGUGAGAACAAAAAAAUAUUCCAAAUGUGUAAGUCGUUAGGGAGUGGCUGUGUGUGACUGCAGUGUAAUUCAACACAGUGUUUCAGACGAUGUAAUGUAUGGAGAAGGUGUUGAGGAUGUAUCAGCUGUGACUAGCAGGGUUGCCCGGGAGCAACACAGGCAAAUUCUUCCUACACUCUGCCCUGCCACGUGUGCCCUGUUGAGGGCCUGAGCAGAAGUGUCCACUUUUCCCCCUUCUGUGUGAGUGUUGCGUGCCAAGGUGGCAGCUGGCAAACUCAUCAUAGUGGGACUUCUCGCAAUAAUGCACUCCUCUCUUGGAGGCCUCAGCUGCUGCUGCUGCUUCUUUGUGUUUGCUGCAUCGUGAAGUGACCGUCCAACCUGGGCAUCUGCCUACUUUCAAGGUCAACAGAGAUAGUGGUAGGGGGGGGGGGGUGCAUCAUAAUUUUUUUAGUUGGUGGGUUACUCGGCCAUUCAUGGCAUUGUUACAUUCAUGAAGAGCAGGUGAGGGGCAAGGCCAAUGCAUUUUUGAUUGGUCUGAAGACGGCAUGGUGGGCAUAGUUUGCAUAGUUGACACACGUACCUGGCUAUUCAUAUACAUCCGCGUUGAACGCGCAUAAAUAGUCUGAAAAAAGUUGACCAGCAUAGAUCACAUGUGUAAAAAUGAGAGUUUUGUUACUUGAAUAAUAUUACGUUAUAGGGUCAUAGUGGAAUGUGUUUGGGAGGAAGAGAAGGUGAUGUUUGUAGGAGUUUUUAUAGAUUUUCCCUUUCAGGAUCGAUCCAAUUGAAGAGCAGGGUUAUUUUGCUCGCACUUGCCUGGAAAAUGCUUCCCGAAUGUCACACACAGGCACAUUCAUAAAAUGUCGCUUUAUCAAUAAAUUACCCCGACAAGCUUUCACUGCCAUGUCAGCUGUCUGUCUGGGAUUGAAGCCAACUGUAAAAACUGACUUAUUCAGGAGUUGUAUUUUUGUAUACUGGAUAAGUGUUGUUGAUCAUUAAGCUAAAUAAUUUAACAUUUUCCUGAUUUAUUAAACCCACCGUUUUUUGCUUUGUUGUGCCAAAAACUAAAAAUUCAACCCAAAUUUUACUCGUUAUUUUGAACAUAGAAAUUUCCCAUGUCAUCACAGUUGCAUUGUAACUGAGUUCACACAAUACGAUCAAUCAAUGUUAACUUUAAAAAGAAGCGAGGAGUUUUGAGAGUGGAGGAGCUUGCAGUGUUACUCCUCCACCAGGAAUCGCCGCCAGUCAGGACAUCUCAAGCCACUCUGCCACCCGACCCAAUCUUGAUGUUGUCGGCCUAAAUUUCACGCUCUCACAUGGGUACAGACGUUAAUAUAAUUGACAGACUAUUUUUACAGUAAAUAUGCGAUUUAUAUGGCUUGCAAUUCGUUUUUUUAAGGAUAUAAAAGUUCACACUGAACUGAUGUUGUGGUAAAACACUUACUAACCAGCGUGGGUGCGUUUGCUUCCAGAAUAGGAGCUUGCAUGUGCAGCUCCAUCUGUGCCUUGCCUGGGAGUUAAUGAAUCUUGAUUAUCAAACCAAUUAUUCACUGUGAGUUUUGCUUCCAUUGCAUAGUUUAUCUUGAUUCAGCAGGCAAUACAUUUGCUAAAGUGCCUUGCUAAAUUUGUAGAGCAUUUGAAUCAGCUUCUCCAGUGCUGCACUUCCAGCUGAUGUCAGAGACCUGGGCUAAAGAUGUUAUGCAUUUGUUCUCCCUGAAUGCCAGCAGACGUGGAGGUGACAGCCUUCUGCGUUAUUGCAGUAUUGCCUAUUAUUGAGACUGGGCUGAUACUGGUGAGAAUGGCAAGACGAAAAAAAUUAAAACACCAAAUAGGUCGGUGUUUAAAUUGCCUUAAAUUUACGCUUGGUAUUACACACUGUUAAUCAUUACAGAAUAGUGACCUGGACAGCAUAAAGUGGUUACAAUGGUCGUGGCACCGCACCAUUAUACCUUUGGCCCUUUGAACUAGGUGCCAUUUAAAUUCCAAUUAACAUUGAUGGUCUCUGCUAAGUCAAUUAUGCAUUAAAUGAGGAUGUGGGGGGAGUCCCUCCUCAGGGUCACUUGAAACCUGUGAUGUGCAUCCAACACCGUUUCUUUUCGUGGAGUUGUUGCUGCACUGGGCCGCUGAUUUCUGGACCGGAGUGACUCUCGGAGGGGUUGACUUGAUUGUGCGCAAGUCAGAAAACAAGUGCCUGUUGGUCAUGGAGCACAGUCACAUGAGGGAGGGUGGCCUGGUGCCCUGUACUCAGGCCGUUCCUAAGAGGCUGUCCAUGUAGCUGAUCGUAAUGUCAAUGUGUAGUCUGAUGCGCUCUUGGGUAGCAUGAAUAUUCGCACCAGCAGCUGCUUGUGCAUUGCAUUGUACGUGCACUGCUGUGCUAAUGUUAAACUCGAAGCAUUCAAUCUGACACCUGUCAGGUUGUCUAUCGCGGUAUUGUAGAACCUGUACAUUACUAUGCAGUUCAGGUUUAUCAUUGCAUGCAAAACUAUAGAGGACAUUUUGUUAAUGUUACCGUUGGUUUUAUAACCGAUUAAUAAGUACAUGCGCUGUGUCUAUAUUACGACCUGCAACUAAUGGGAUGUUUUUGUGUGCUAACAUACUAACUUCCAUUCUUGGAUAAUUAGAAAACCAUUUCUAAAACCUGCAUGUGCUUUCAGGCAGCUAUCUACAACAACAACAACAAGAUCAGUUUAAUUUGCACAAUUAAAUGUCGUAGUAGUCUGUGUGUACGUUUCAGACUCUGGAAUUGUAAUGUUAUCUUUUUUUUCGUCCCGGUUCUGCAAAAACCAAAUUCCUCAAUGUAGACGGUAAAACUAACGGCACAGCGCUCGCAAACGUACCUAAAGGGACCAAAGUAGCUGCUCCAGCCACUGCCGGCUUAUUUAUUUGAUCUAACAUGCACAUGAACACAGGGAAUGGUAUUCAAAACCUUAUACACUUCAGGGCAGACAGCAAACCAAUUCAAUACACGGAAAAGCUUAUAUUAGAGAUGAGGUAUUUAUUGUGUACAUCAAAACAUAAAACGUAAAAAAAAAUCACUUAACGCUGCUAUUGAACUGUCAGGAACAACUUUUGUAAGCUCUAAAGGUGUUAGAGCUCUUGUACAGAAUGACACUGCAGUAAUUGUAAGCGGAUGGUCGGACUCCGUGAUAAACGCUGCAGAGGCUCAACCGUAACAGUCGCUGCUCUACUCACAGAAUUACUGCCUCCAUAUCGAGGUGAAGGAGGAGGGCCUUGGUGGUUUGGUCUGGGUUUGCUUUUGUGUUUGUGCAUACUAUGCUCAUUAGAUUAAACUUGAGCUGCAGGUUGUUUAAACGUGAAUUGGAGCCAACGCAGUAAAUGUACACUGCUCAGCUGUUCGUUAACUAUCCCAUUGUCUCGGAAGAAGAGUGUACAAUCAGGCUGUAUGUUUAUGCAACUUCUGUACAAGCGUAGUGAUAUUUUAAAAAUCACCAGCUAACAAGAGUCGCAGGGUGAUGAUGGUAAUUGCAUGUCUUUGACAUGUUUGCCUUAUGUGUUCACGUUUGCUCCUUCACACGUUGGUUUUUGUUGUUUCCAACCUGCACCACAGUGGAGACACAAUAUUUUCUGGCCUGUAACCAGGCCUUUUGGAUGCAGCAUCAACAGCCAUACUUGAACCCUUCGAACCAGAGAGUGGUCUCGUCAUGGGACCCGACUCAUAUGUUGCCUCACUGCCGCAAAAGGGUUUAAGAUAACGGUCUUAACUGUCAUUACCAAAAAUCAAAAAAAAAUUUGUUUCAAAACUUGUGUCAUCAUCAACAUUUUGAUGGGAAUUGUUAUUGCUUGCUCACGUGUGUUUAAAAAAACAUUUUAAAAUCUUAAAUUUGUUGUAACAAUGUUGGAGAAGUAGAAAUGGUGCCUUUUUGGGGUAUUUAAGUCCUGUGAUUUUUCUCGUGAUAACGACGUGUCUAAAGAAUUUCAUAAACCAGAGAUCACUGCCUUGUUAUUUCUCAUGGCCUUCCAUUGGAAUGCGUGUUUACUCAAUGAAGAUUGGCUACCAAGCCAAGAUCACUGCCGUUCUCGUUGGCAUGCAAAGGCAUGCUUUGUGCUACUUCAAAAUAAUGUCAAUAAGUGACUUUUGCUGAAGAAUGAUUUGUCUCUGCUGCCAGAGUGGGUGCACAAAUGUCUCUACUGCCAAUGUUGGUACACAAAAUAAGUGCCUAGAAAAUAGUAUCUUCAAGUCGUUUUGUAUUGUUUUGCUUUCAGUCUCAUACUCGAAAAUGUAAAUGUUUCGUUUCUGCAUUGCCGCUGUGUGGUGCUAGUUGACCGUUGUAAUGCAAAGUAAAAAUGGGAAAAUCACAGUAAUUCUUUGGUGCAAUUAAUUGACUGUGUUUGGAAGUCUUAGUUUUAUGCAUGGUUCAUUAUGAUGUUCAGUAAAACGUUUUUAUACAAUGCUGCCAUGGCAAAAUGAACAUAAUACUGGAUGUAAACACAGAUAGUGUUGGGCAUGUAAUGCAUUUCAAAGUUGUAGUUGCAAACAACAAUAUUGAUAUGGAACUCACAUUGCUGACAUCACUCGUGCUCACUGAUGUGUUAUUUUAGAAUUUGCUCUUGGGAGUAAUUUAUCACCUGCCAAUUUUUUUCCGCAUUUAAAAGCACGGUUGAUAUGGGUUCUUUUGUGCAUAUUCGUGCAGGAAAAUCGGAAAGCGACAACCCAUGCCUUUUUUCCAUUACUGCAUCUCUUGAGUGCAGUCUUCCAAUGCAUUAGUGUAGGUUUGCCAGUUGCAACAUCUGUGGCAAAUAACUCAGAAAAUUGGUCAGAAGUGGGAGUGAGCGGUGAGGAUGGUUUUCGUGUGUCACGGGCCCUUUUGGUACUGGACACCUCACUGCCUACGAGGACCGUGUUUAAUUACAUUUCUAGAGGUCUUCCACCUCGCAGGUAUCACGUUUACCGUGUCUCCAGUUUAAGGAGAUUAAAUUGAAACGUUGCAUAUAAGCUCUUUUUGAUUAAUGGUAAAAAUGAAUCUGCAGCGGAGUGGAGUUAAAAAUAAUCUGAAUUGCUUUUGCAAAUGAAAAACACAAGCAUCAUUAGCAAUGUAUUAUUCUCUCGUACGGUAGUUGCAGUAACUUGACCUCUAUGGAAUAGGUCACAGAUUCGCUCUGAGAAUUGAUGUUGGCACAAAGGCCUGAGUGGCUCACACACAUCGAAUGAAAGUUAUUUACAACUUAUUUUGUAAUGCAGUGCCAUGCCACAACGUUGCAAACCUCCCAAGAGCUUGUUGCUGCUUGAGUAUGUUUAUGUUUGAUGUGUUGUGUAUCAUCUGAGAAUUGCCAGUGAGACACAGUAAAUCAUGUAAAAACUUACGAUUCACCUUGAAUGACAGUUUAUUUCUGCAAGAUUGUCACAGAGCUUUUAAUCUGUAUUCAUGAUCUGUUGAAGAAAAUUCACAACGUCGACAGAAAGUAUCUCUUUGCAUUUAAUGUGUAAUGUUUUUGCUAAAUGUUUGAAACGUUGAGCAUGUGGUCUCACACACCUUUUCAGAUAUCUCCCUGCGUGCGUGCCCGGGGCAUCAUUUUUCCUGCUUUCAAAAUUGGGCUUUAUUGGAUGUAUUAUUUAAUGAAGUAUACUUUUCGUUGUGUUUUGUCUGCAAAAUGCUUCCCAUCAUUCCACAAAAGGGCUGGGCUGUGUGGUGCCAUCGGCCCACCUCCCACCCCGGCAGUAAAGGUGCCGGACUGCACACCUUCUAACACUAUGGUCCAAUCAAAACACUGUACACCACUUGAAUACAAUAAAGUAAAACUCUGCAUAG